UUACGCCUCAUUCCGUGAUGUGACGUUGUACAGGAACAUGGCGCUUUAGAGGGGAAAUGUUUCAUGGUAGUCAGGUCUGUUGAUUUAUCUAUUUUAGCUAUGUUAAUUUAAAUAACAUUAAGGUUCGUUCAGCAAAUAUGAUCGGUCGUAAAAGGUUAUUGCCCCCUUUGUCUCUAUGGACAUCGGAACAGUAGCUACAUCUCGUAGCGGUGUUUGCUGUCGUCAGCUGAAACUGUUAGCAUUGACAUGCUAGCUGUAGCUAGUGAGCUGGCUAACAGUAAGUAGCUAACGUUAAACGGACAGAAAAUAUGCUUGUUUGUGUAGCCUAUACUGGCGUUAAACUAAAUACAAAUGAUUAAAACACGUUAUUUAGCAUCCUAUCAGUCAUUUAUUGUUUAGGACGACGAUUCCAGUUAGCUAACAUUUUGUUAGCUAAGCUAGGAGGAUGAAGAACCGCCAUGGACAUGUUUUGUUGCUGGCCAGUGGGUUUUUCCUGUCGGCGUUUUGGUUGUCUGAAGGGGCCCCUCUUCAGUAUCCUCACAAAUCAGAUGGAAGCACAGGGGACACGUUGUCUGUGUCUCUCUACCUGUCCCUGGUAGUGUCAUUCACGGCGCUUGUGGGCUUGGUGGUGUUGCUAGUGAACUGUGUGACCUGUUGCAAGGAAAGGGAGAUCAACUUCAAGGAGUUUGAGGAUCAUUUUGAAGAUGAGAUUGACUUCACUCCACCAGCAGAGGACACGCCUUCUAUGCAGUCACCAGCCGAGGUGUAUACCCUCACCGUGUCUCCUGUGGCGCUGCCUGGACCCCCACACCUCCAGCCUCCUGUCUGCGUCACAGAGGGAUCCACAGGCUUCCAGAUAGCACGUCACAGUCUGAGUUACAUUCAAGAGAUCGGCAAUGGCUGGUUUGGCCAGGUCCUUCUGAGUGAAAUCUACACAGAUCCAGGUGGAGCCCGAGUGGUGGUGAAAGAGUUAAAAGCUAAUGCAAGUGCCAAGGAGCAGAAUGACUUCCUGCAGCAGGGAGAUCCAUACAGAGUCCUGCAGCACCCAAACAUCCUUCAAUGUAUGGGACAGUGUGUUGAGGCCAUUCCCUUCUUGCUUGUCUUUGAGUACUGUGAAAUGGGGGAUUUGCGGGGCUAUCUGUCUCAGCAGGAUUGGAUGUUCAGAAAUGCUGAGUUGCUGCAGCUGCAGAGGAUGGCCUGUGAAAUCGCUGCUGGUGUCACUCACCUUCACAAACACAACUUCCUGCACAGUGAUUUGGCUCUGAGGAACUGCUACUUGACUGCAGAUCUUACAGUGAAAGUGGGAGACUAUGGAAUUGGACCAUACAGAUACAAAGAGGAUUACAUCAUCACAGAGGAUGAUGUGUUUGCACCCCUUCGCUGGUUGGCUCCUGAGCUGGUGGGCGAGCGCCAUGGGGGUGUGAUUACCAUGGAGCAAACCAAGCCCAGCAAUGUGUGGGCCUUGGGGGUCACAUUGUGGGAGCUCUUUGAGAAUGCUGCUCAACCGUACCCCCAUCUGUCUGAUCGGGAGGUUCUCAAUCAUGUAAUCAAGGAGCAACAAGUCAAACUCUUUAAGCCACAGCUGGAGCUUCCUUAUUCUGACAGAUGGCAUGAGGUCCUGCAGUUCUGCUGGCUGUCUCCAGACAAGCGAGCCACAGCAGAGGAAGUGCACCGUUUGCUUAUCUACCUGCGCAUGCAAGGCCAGAAGGACAUAAAAGAAGACUUUGAGCAACGCUGGGAUGCUCUUAAGCCCAACCCUUCCACUCGGCAGACCACUGUUAGCCACUCCUCUUUUCCAAUCUUGGAACAGUUUGCUGAUGAUGCCUUGCGACAAGAGAUUGACGAAGUUCUUACGGUCACUGAAACAAGCAAAGGUCUCAGCUUUGAGUAUGUUUGGGAGGCAGCCAAACACGACCACUAUGAUGGCAACUAUGGGCGUUCAGGCCUGGACACAACAUUGAACUAUCACAGCAUGUUCUUUCCUGUUUCCAGUGAAGACAUCCAGGCCCAUUUCCCUGAUCCUGUAGCCAGAGCAGUGGGCGCAGAAAGGUGUAACACUCCUUCAGGAAUUCCCGGGAUUGUACCAGUGUUUGAUGCACAAAAGCCAUCUAAUGGUAAUGAAUAUUACAUACAACUAGAAGAACAAGGGGAGAACACUGUUAAGGAAGGCCAGCAAGACUUUGUUGUUCUCCAAGACGUCCGUCUGGAUGAGUCUAGUACUGAUGCUGAUUUUUUCCAUCAAAGUAUUGACUCAAAGGAUUCUUAUUUACCAGACAGCCACAUCUGGUCAUCUCUUGAAAAUGACAGUCCAUACCACACCAACAUUUUCACUGACGGGGGGUCCAAGCAGCAAGAGGACUCUCCUUCCUGGAGACAGAGUUUUAUGGAGCUUCCAGAGAGCUAUGGCAACCCUUUCCGUGGAAGUGCUCCUUUAGAAGUCCAGGAGGUGGAUAGAGAUAAAAGCUAUGGUGAUUCUUUUUUAGGGGAUUGUUCAGAAGCCCCUUACCUGACAGAUUCUGUAGACAUGGAGAGGGAGAACACAGAUACGAAGAGGCUUCUGAACACUGAAAUACUAGCUGACAACUUUGUGUUUCUCAAAGACCACAGCCUGAUGAAGGACAGAUCACAUUUCUCAAGUCCACAGGAGAAUUUUCUUCUACCUGGCCGAGCUCACGAACCAGAAGAAAGAUUCAAAAUGAGUUCUUGGGACAACCUUGAGAAUUUAGGCAGCUUAAACGCAGAAGACACUUAUUUAAAAACGGCAGCAAGUAGCACAUCCUCAAGAAAGGAACUUUUAGACUCUCCCACUUCCAGCUUGGGGGAGAUAAGUCCGUCGCUGGUAGAAAACAAAACACUGGUGCCUUUCAUUACAGUGGUAACAGAAGACAACACAAGCAACCAGCUGCCAGUUAGAAAUAGUUUUUCCACAAAAGACCUUGGUCUGCAGCAAUCCUCAGGCAGAGGUAUAGACUCUGGUUUUGAUUCUACCUCUGAGAGGUUUGAGUUUAUUAUCAGUCAAACUGAUGGCCCCACCCCUGCAUUCUCUGAAAGUGCCAGUACAGACUCAUUGUGCACAGAUGCCAAAUUUCCAAGCCUUGAAGAUGACCAUGGAACCUCUAAGGAUAAUGUUCAGGCCAUGGGAAGUGAAAUGCCUGAAAACCUGCAAGUCCAAGCAUUGUCCUCAGACAACGGACACAAUGAAGACCUCACAAGUAAUGAUCUGUUAGGUGAACUAAUUGAGGAAGCAGAUAUAGAAUUGGAAACCACUCUAUCUGACCAUGAAGAAUCCUUUAUGGAUGCUAAUGGUCUCCCUAUUGUCAGAUCUUCUCUGUUGAUCUCUGGACCAUCUUUGGAUCAGAUCAGCCAGGACAGUUUACUGGAAGACAGUUUGUCUACCACUUUACCAACUGUAGAUAAUCCAGCCGAGACACCAGACUCUUUAGACUCUCUUGACAUCCACAGACUUGGUGAACAAGGAGAAGAGCUGAGUGCUCAAAUAGCCCAACACAAACUCCAGCCUCCAUACAAAAUAUCAGACAGUGGGUAUGAGACGGAGAACCUUGAGUCUCCUGAGUGGAACUCCCAGCCUAAUGUUAAAGACCAUUCGCCUGUAAAAAAUGGCACGAGUGUUGCCAAAGAAGAGGAGGAAAUAGAGGACCUCACAGCUGCUACAAAUCUGGUUCCACCAGAAAUCAUCAUCUCCGAAGUAGAGGGUGUGCUGAAUGCUCACAGUGAGGAUCCCAGUGAGUUCCACCAGCCAGAUCAUGUAGCUCCUGCUGGGGAGCCACUCAUGGGCAGUAAUUACAGAGACUCUGCCUACUUCUCAGACAAUGAAUCUGAACCUGAGAAGAAGUCUGAAGAAACUGUUCCGGGAGUUUCUGGUGAAGUCAAGUGGCUGAGGAACUCUACUGAGGUGGUCAGUGUGGCAGUUAGAGGCCCAGCACUGGAGCUCAACCUAGAGAGAGAUGUAGAUUCCUUAUUUUCUCAAGCACAGGCAGAUGGAGAAACAUCUGCUUCACAUGUUGGGGUCAUACUACAGGAGGCAGAUUCAAAUAUCGCAGAGAAAUGUAAGAAUGAGACAACGGAGUCCUGCAGCAGUCAUAAAGAAGAUAGAAACAUACCAGAGUUGUUCAAGGACUUAAAAUCUCCUGGCCAACCAGACUCAUCAAAACCUCUCGAAACCUCAACUUCACUUCCUUCUGUUGCCCAAUCAAAGCCAGUGCCAGAGAGCUCAGGUCAUGCUAAACUCACCAGAACUUACGCGAGUGAUGGUCAUAAAAUAAGAGAGCCAGACAUGGAGGGGCGUUACCUGGGGAGGCGAGAUGGCUUGGGUUUAGAUGGACAGGAGGACGGCGUAGAUGCGGACGAGGAGGACGAGAACAGCGACGACUCUGAUGAUGACAUCUGUGGGUACCAGCUAAACAGCUCCAGUUCAGAAAGCGAGGAUGAUACCGUGCAUACGGUGCCACUUGUUGUCUCAGAUGACAGUAGUGCAAAGAACCUGAAGAGCCUGUUGAAACCCACCACGCUGAACAUCCAAGCAUCAUCUUCCCCGUUUCCUUCAAGGUGCAAUGCAGAUAACUCCAGAAGAUCUGUGUCUUUUUUUGAUGAUGUCACUGUCUACCUGUUUGACCAGGAGACCCCCACCAAUGAACUGGGUGACCACUCCUCAGGCUCACACAACCAGGCACCAGAGUUCAGCAGCCCAGUGUCCACUGCGAGCUACCUGAACCGGUUCACAAACUCUGAAAGCUCCACCGAUGAAGAAGGUGGGGGUUUUGAGUGGGAUGAUGACUUCUCCCCCGCACCUGCCUUCCUGCCCAAGACGGAUAAAGACCCUGUAUCAAAGACCAUGUCCUCAUCUGCAGCAUCUCGCUUUUCCUCUCCGCCCCUUGCAACGGGGCGUGUGCUGGAGCCGAGCUGGACCAGCUCCUCAAACUUCUCCCGGUUCUCCAUUUCACCGGCCAGCAUCGCUAACUUUUCCCUAACACAUCUAACCGACUCGGACAUCGAACAAGGAGGAAGCAGCGAAGAUGGAGAAAAGGACUAGUGUUAUAUAUUAUCAUCCCACUAUUGAAAAAUGAACCUAUACUCGCACUUUUGGGAACGGAGAACGGCUGAAUAAGGACAAAUGACACGGUUCGUGGGGCAAACCGUGGAUGCUUCUCUCAGGCAGAACUGCUCUUUACCUACAUGGAAAUGGCCGUGAAAAACAACCACUUUCAGCAAAUAAGACAGACGAGGCCCAGCUCCAGUCUGAGCCAUAUCACCUGUCCAGCUACAUCAGUGUGUGUGGUUUUAGUUCAGUGCAAUUCCACUUGGGGGGAGAGUUUCUAAAUGUUUGCUUUAAAGACUUAUCAACGUAUUCCAGGUGUUUGGCUGCUUCUUUUAUUGUGUCAAAGUGCACUCAUUUUCCAGGACUUUUGCAUCACCAAAAAAAUAUUCAGACUUUUAGCCUCUGAAUGAAACAUACUGGGCUGGCAAACAUAUCACUACAGCCAAAUAAGUAUAAGCUCUUAUAUUUCAGCAGAUUGAAGAUCCAAGCUUUUUCUCUAACUUUAUUAAUUUUGCUCCUUCAUGUUGUGCGAUUAUUUCAGUGGUUGCCUCUUUUGGAAGAAUGAUUUGUUUUUUCGUAACCUCUCGUUGGGUGUUAGUCAUAAUCUCCUAAUUGGAGAAAAACUGUGUGUAGCAGCAUUUCAAUAAGAAGGGUUGAAAUUCACUUCAACUAAAAUCCCUCAUCUGAAGAGGUGACACACUGUGCUCCUUUAAGUUUCAAAGGAACAUUUAGAGUAAGUAGUUUCAUAUUGUUGAGACCUCUCAGUAGGAAUGGUUGGUGGGAUGAGACUAGGAGUGUCACAUUAAUCCUUACAGAGGUGAUCCAGUUGUGAGGAAAAACUUAAAGACAAGUUAUUAAUUUUGUAAUGCUUCAUUAUGUGCUCUGAAAUGUGUAUGAAGUUGCUCGGAUGGUUUUGACUACUUGUCACAGGGGUCUUGUCGCAGUGCCUGUGAUGCUGUAAAGACAGCUGCACUCUCAUUUUCUAUCACUACAAAGUUUUAAAUCCCACGUUUAGUGAGAUUGUGUAAAAAGUGGGACAUUUUAUUUUUAAAUGUCUGAGUGAAUAAAUGUUAAUGAGUUGUUUGUAAACAAAUGUCAUUAAUUAAAUUGGAGUUCAUAGAAUGACCCGGCGAACACGGCCUGGUUUCUACAGCAAUGCACAGAGACUUAAAGCUUCACGAAAAUUCACUACUAGAACAAAAAAAACCACUGCUGCUUUUUAUCAGUGUCAUGAACAGAGUUGUUUGCCUUUUAAAAAAAGAAAGAAAAAAAAAAAAAGAUAAAGAAAUGUGUCAAACUUAAUAACCCAAUUCAGAUGUCAUUUCCCUCAGUUCUCCUCAUCCAGUUGCAUUUUUGAGCAUUUCAUCAUGGCAUCUUAUCAUUUGGCCAUACAUCGUCUCUGUGGCUGUACAGGGCUGGCUGGGGAUGUGUAACGUGAUCAGUUACUGUAUAGAAGCAUGAUGCAAACUGUUCAAGUGCAUCAAGAUACUUUCCCUCCAAGGAUUUCAUGUACAGAUAUAAAAACACAGUUUAUUGAAACUGUAUGUUGUACCGUUACUGUAUGGUUCUUUAAAGUUUUUAAAGAUUUUGUUUUUCACAGAUGACCUGAUGAACAGCUGUACUUCGCCUGUAGUAGAUGUGCGCCCCCCCCAGCCCCUUACAGAAGGCACUGUAUCUUAGAUGUUAACCUCUGGUAAAAACCAGCAGCCCGUGCUUCAGUUAAACUUGAACAUUUAUUUAAGGAAAUCUUGUUUUAUUUGACUACAGUAUACAUUUGCUUAAUCUUGCACAUUUGAGAAAUGUAACUUAAUGUUUAUCUGUACUGAUGUAUGUAAAUGUAAAAUUUUUUUUUGUCUGUAAAUGGGAAAUGAUGUAAUGGGGUUAUAGGUAUGAGGUUUCAUUUUGUAACUUAAAGCGGAGUUGAUCAGAGGUACAUAUCACAGUUAUUGGCUAAACAGUUAAAUUAAGACAAAGGCAGAUGUGAAUUCAUUAUGUCCUUUAAACCUGUAGAUUUAAAAAAAAUAUUUUUACUUCGUAUUUAUCAUGCUUAGUGUAACUGAAUGAAAUGUUUAUAAUUACACUGUUUUAAUAUGAAAAUAAAUGCAAAUGAACUUCUAA